GCGUGUGGUUGUCAGUGGUAAGUGACUGUCCGUGUCAUCGCUGCUGAUGGAAUCUACUCACAAGUCGCAACAGUUUCUUCCCUGUGGUUAAUAUUACUUUGCACUUUUGUAAAAUUUUUCACAAUAUAUUACACUAAAAUAUUAUAGUAAUUCUACAUCAAUUCUACCUCGAAACAUACACCGGUGUAACUUCAUUUACUUAACUCGCAGCUGAUACUUAGCACUUUUCGCCACUUCCAAAAUGUCGCGCAAAUUUUUCGUCGGAGGAAAUUGGAAAAUGAACGGAACAAAAAAGGUAGCCGACGAUCUUCUCGCCAACCUCAUCAAAGGACCGUUGGACCCUAACGUAGACGUAUUGAUUGGAGUGCCCUCCUUAUACUUGGACUACGUCAAAGAAAAAGUGCCGUCCAACAUUCUCGUUUCUGCCCAAAACUGUUACAAAGUAGAAAAAGGUGCAUUCACCGGAGAGGUUAGCCCGGCUAUGCUCAAGGACAUUGGGAUCGACUGGGUCAUCUUGGGACAUUCAGAACGUCGUCAGAUUUUUCAAGAAUCGGACGAAUUGAUCGCUGAUAAAGUUAAACACGCUCUCGAAUCGGGUCUGUCUGUUGUGGCUUGUAUUGGAGAAACUCUAGAAGAACGAGAAGCCGGACGAACCGAAUGUGUUGUGGCCAAGCAGAUUGCAGCUAUCAAAGAGAAAAUAUGCAACUGGGACAAUGUCGUGGUCGCCUACGAACCGGUUUGGGCGAUCGGAACAGGAAAAACCGCUAGCCCACAACAGGCCCAAGAGGUGCAUAAAGUGUUGCGUAAAUGGUUGGCCGAUGAAGUGAGCGAGGCCGUCUCUCAGAGCACUCGUAUCAUUUACGGCGGUUCGGUAACUGGAGCCAACAGCAAAGAAAUAGCCAAAGAGAGUGACAUCGAUGGAUUUUUGGUCGGCGGUGCCUCGUUGAAACCGGAAUUUGUGGACAUUGUUAAUGCCAAAAAAUAGUUUAUUAUAUAAUUAUGAUAAAAAAAUAAUAAAACCGUGACUGUACUUGUUGUGUUUCAAAAAAACUAGUCUACACACACGAUGAUUGUUAAAUAACUAAAAAGUUAAAUAAAUUUAUAUCUACAAAAAAUUGUCGUGAGCUUACUUAUUAUUGUUUAUUUUCUUUUUUAUUUGUACAAAAUAAUUAUUAAGUACACUUUUUUUAAAUGUUAUCUUGAAUGAGAGGUACACACAAUUUUUUUUUUUGUGAAUUAUUUAAUUCGUUGAAUAUAAAAGUAAUAUAAUAUUAUGUUAUUAAUGUAUGUUUUUAUGUAGGUCUGGCAAUAUUAUAAUGUAAGUACAAUAAUUAGGAUUUAUUAUAAAAAAAUAGUGAUUUAUACAUUUAUUCUGUUAAUAACCUAAACUGUAGACCGUAAAAAUGUAUUAAUAUAUUAUAAACCAUUUUGUAGACAAUAAAACGUUUUGCGAUAAAAUCUUUUUAUUCGGCUUUUUGGGUUUUCCUCGAUAAAAAAAAAAAUAAGAGCCAUUACAAAUUGUUAUUUUACAAUCUCUAAAUGUUUACCUUUUUAAUGUCUAUUUUUUAGAAGCCUUCCAACAUUUGAAACUUAAUUGGUAACACAUGUAUGUAUAUUAUAAGCUUUUUAAAAUGAGAACAUAAACUGAAGUCCAAAAACCACACCCAAUCCUUCAAUGCCCAAUUUUUUCAAAUUUAUAUUACCUGUACAAUUAUUUUAUUUAUAUUGAAUUAUUAAAAAUUUGGGGGGGGGGGAAAUUAAACAUUUUAAUACAACAUUUGGUUGACUACAAUUUCUUACUUUUUAUCCAAAAUCCUAUAAAAUACUUGUCGAUGAAACUUUUGUCUUACUGUAGUAAAUAAACUGUUGUUUUGUACAACAGUGUUGUUGUGGAAUAAUUUCUUUAUAAAAUAGGUAGAUAUGCAAAAUAGUACACAUUGAGGAUUUUUAAUUGCAUAACGUUGGAUGUUAUAAAAAAUACAAUGUUUCGAUAAUUAGUAUUAAGUGACAUAAUUCAUUAUUUUUUUUUUCUUUAAAACAUUGUUUCUUCUUAAGUCGUCUAAGAUUACAUUUUAUAAUUAUUUUAAUUAAAAAUGUAUACUGCGUUUACAGCUAUGUGUGUACUUAUUUAAUACCCCGCGAUGGGUGUUAAUACAUAUAUAUAUUAAAUAAAUGAACAUAUAUCAUAUUAUUAUAAACGAACAACAAUAUUAUAAUAAUAUGUGCCAACGCGUUUUAUAAUAAUAUUUUUCUGCGAGAGCGGCGAAAGCUAUAUAAACUUUUAAUUUUUUUUUCUGGUGGAAUAAGAUAAGAUGUAGGUAGCCUAUUUCUGUCAAUUAUUAUUAUUUAAAAAAAAAAAAAUAAAUAAACUUUU